GGGGUGAACAAAUUCCACUGACAAACUACCAGAUAUCUAUUCGUCUAACCUUGGCUCUCUCAUCCUCCUCUUCGUCAUCUCGUUCCAGGAGCUUGUUCGCAGUACUCUUCCACCAUUAUUGACGUAACAUGGACGACCAACAAAUGCCAUGUUGGUACUAUGAGCGAGAAGAAUUGAUCAAAACCCCCUCCUUUUACGACCACAUUGACACAGCUACUGAAGCUCGCUAUCGGCGGGAAGGGGCCCGAUUUCUCUUCGAUGUGAGCAGCAAAUUGAACCUACGCUUCGACACUUGCGCCACCGCGAUAGUGUUUUUCCAUCGGUUUUACAUGUUCCACUCCUUUAAAGCGUUUCCUCGCUACGUCACUGCUGCCUGUUGUCUCAUGUUGGCCGGUAAGGUGGAGGAGACUCCGAAGAAAGUACGUGACAUUGUGAAGACUGCUCGCAUGCUUUUGUCUGAUGCCAACUUUCAGCAGUUCGGUAGUGAUCCACGUGAGGAGGUAAUGGCCUACGAGCGCGUUUUGUUGAAAACGAUAAAGUUCGAUUUGCAAGUAACCCAUCCUUACUCGUAUUUAUUGCAGUUUGUCAAACGCAUCAAAGGUAGUAAAGAAAAGCUGAAGGAACUGGUCCAGAUGUCUUGGUCUUUUAUCAACGACAGUCUGUCUACCACAUUGUGUCUCCAAUGGGAACCAGAGAUUGUCGCUUGCGCUGUGCUGUACUUGGCCACCCGAAUGAGCAAGUACACCAUAGAGGAUUGGGAUGGACGUCAGCCCGGACUACGCUGGUGGGAAAACUUUGUAGAGGGGAUGAGUACCGAGGUUAUGGAGGACAUUUGUCACAAGAUAUUGGAUCUUUAUCCAGCUGAUGGUACGGCAGAUGAUCGUACUGUUGAAGUAAACAAUACUGCUUCAAGUGUGGACCAAGCUUCAGCUGGAUUGGGGCUUCCCUCGCGUUCCUCACGGAGCAACUUGGGAGAGCCUUCACCCAAACGGUCAAGGCCGGUUUAUCCCUCGAGUUCAGAAAUGUCGCAUCGGAUCGCAUCUAACUCUCGCCCAUCGACCUCAACUGCAUCCUCCACUGCCCCGGUAGUUAAUGCCUUUGAUAAACCAAAGACAAUGCACUCUGGUUUACCCAGUCGUGAUGACCAUCGAUGAUAUUGUUUCCUCCACCGUUCUUUCCCCGCCCAUCUUCUCUAUACUGUGUAUGCCUCUUUCCGGUUUUCUCUUUUGCUUGCUAUUUAAACCGAUAGUGUUUUGUCCGCGGCAUUUUAUUCGUUUGUACCACUAUUGAAAGUCGUGAUGGAUAUUUCAGUACUGGCACUUUUCAGCGUUUUACUGUAGUUACCUUGUAAUCCAUACUCUGAAGUCCUUGGUUUCUCAUUGGUUGCUCAGAGUAGAAAAUCCUAUCGAACCGAUCCUACUAGCCUCUCAUGUUGUUUUGCGCACGAACGGGCUAUUGUAAUCACUUACCACCAACAUGGUUCCAUAUCGGUUAGUUUUCCAUUACUAACAAUGAUGAGGUAUCAC